GUCACAGUUGUGAGUGACAGGAAUUUAGUCAGACAUACAAUAUAGAAGAAAAGUCAUGAGAUGUGAACGUCUUAGUUAACAAUUAUGGAAAGUAAUAGGACGACUUUUUGUAUCGAAAAGAUUCAAGAUUAACAACGCAAAAAAGGUUAGGUAAUACAGAAGUAAGAUGUAAAGUGUUUAAUGGAAAUGAUUCAUUCGGUCCUUAUUCGGAUUGGUCAAUCAGCAAGGAUUUGGGUGAUGACAUGGUAGGCUGGUAGUCACGUGUUUCCGAACUGUUGCGUCACGUAACCGUGCAUCAAUCCAACUCACAAAAUAAACAUUUUUCGCCGAAGUCGGAGGAUUUAUAAAUUUUCAGAGUCGCAGUGAGAGUUCGUACGUCAUAUAUAGCUGUGCAGACGUACUACGAGUCAACGACGUCUGUAAUCGGAUUUAGACAACGAAUUCGAAUACGGGCUUUAGAGGCAAAUUCUAUAAAGACUACAUUUAUGAUGUGGCAACGUCGGCUCAAGGGUCAACCUUUUUUGACGUUUGCCGUUUUCCUAAACAUAACCGCACAUUCCGACUGUUCCAAGUUUCUUUUUUUACUUUAAACAAGUCUUAAAAUUUUCUGUCAUCUCUUUGUGUAUUAGUUUGUAUGAUGGAUUCGUCUCAAAUUGUAUUAUCUGCAUUGAGAAAAGAUAUAACGGAAAAUAUUUUACAGUUGAAAGCGAUCAUACAGGUAUGUAUUUAUAGUAUGUAUGCAAGCAGUUUUCAUUUAAUUUGAAUGCAGGAUAUCAGUAGCUGUACAGGACCUUUGCCAGCAUUAAAUGCCCUGAAUAGUGUUGGCCGCUCUAAAAUCUCUUCUCUGAGAAAGUCCAUUGACAGGUUUUCAGACGUAGCAAAAGAUAUAAAAGAUAAUGAACUGUUGAAAGAGCUUGCUCUGCAAAAAGAACAAUUAGCCAGUACAAUGGACACAUUUAAAAAAGUGAACUUAAAGGCUAUGCUGUCUAUUGAAAAUGCUGCCAAAGAAGAGUUACUGAGACCUACAAAACCAACAGAAUUGAGGCAGAGACAAGGACCUCAGAGUAGAGAAAAUUUGACCCUUGCUGAGACGACACAGAGAAGUGCAUUAACCCUGGACACGCUGACCGCCUCUUCGGACAACGUGUUGGGGACAGAAGAAGAAUUAAAGGUGACUUCCGGUGCGAUCGGCCAAUCAGGAAAGCUGCUUGCCAAAUAUGGUCGUCGGGAGUUCACAGACAAGGUGUUGGUUUUUUUCGCGUUCAUAUUUUUUUUGGCAUGUGUUUUGUAUAUUAUGCAGAAGCGGCUAUUUUGAUGAAUGUAUGCAUGUUACGGAGAGUUAAGUUCAAAAAUAUACAACAGUAUCUCUAAGACGUCAAGUAUGUUGACAAAAAUAAUGUGAAUUAAGAGGACUCAGAUUUCCUCAUCAUGGAACAUGAUGAAUUUCUACACCACUCAUUGAGUAUAUACAUACUAUGAAUGUUAUCUAGUUAUAGGUUCAUACAAAAAUCCAAACAAAUUAAUACUGCCCAGCUAAGUAUUUAACUGGACUGCUCCACUUAACCAGUCAGGACUGUCAAAAGAUCUUAUAGGAAAUAAUCUUAUUUAGAUCUGUGGUAGCCACUUUCUAACAUUCUUACCCAGUGUGAAUUUUUCAUUUUAUUUUCAGCAUUCUACAUUAUAUAGUCCUGCAAAUAUGCAAAUGAUAAUUUAUUCAAUUGGGGCACUCUCCUAACUGUGAUAAUAUCUAAAAUUAAGUAUAGUACAAUUGUCUAUGAUUCUAUGGAAAGAUAAGAAUAAAUAUAUAAAUCAGAUAAAUAAUUUACAUAAUUGUCUAUUCUGAUUUGUAUUAGAAAUAUUCUUUAUUCACAUGGUUUUCAUCAGAAUACAUGAUUAUUAUUUUGUUAAUUUUAUAUGGGAAUGGAAUUUUGUUUACUGAUUUUUAUAAAAAUAUAUAUCAAAUCACUGUAGUGUAACUUAUUUUAUUUUUCAGCAACCCAUAUACUAUAGUUCUACAAUGUACAAUGUGCUAAUAUGAGCCCCUGGUUUUGCCUGAGGAGUAAAAUCUCGUAUCUGAUACAUUACCCCUUUUCUUAAGUAACGAGUUGUGAGUGCUUUUUGCUUGACAAAAUAUCCCCGAAAACUACAUUGCUAGAUCUGAAUUGUGAAAAUUCAAGCAAUCAGACUGCAAUAAGUUGAAAGAAUGCAGAAUCAAUUGUGCUAUCAAGUCAAAUCUAAGAACACCUCAAAUGUCAAAAUCCAUCUAGCUGGUUGGCCUGUAGCCCGUGAAUUAGAAACCUCAAAGUUGAAGUUUUUGUUUAAAAUCUGCCAUUGUUAUUUUAUAAAAUUUUAGUGUACCCAGUGUUGCUCGCACUGUCAGUAUAAAUCUAAAGACACUAACACAUGUC